AUGUCGAUGUUUUCGAUGAUCAAGCGGGGCAGGCAGGCUGCCAAGGAACACCGCGCAGAGCAGGCUAAGAAGGAGAAGGAGGAGGCGCAAAAGCCACCUUACAAGCACGUACCGAAACAUGCCGCCAUUGAUGCUAUGUCGGGCGGGCCAGGGGGUUGGAGAGAAAAUGACAGGGCCAAGAUCGUCGAGCAAAACCGGCGGCGCAGCGCCAUGACCGCCAGCGGUGUGGGCAUGAGUGGCAUGAUCACCCCCGUCCAUGCGGGCAUGCCUCGCGUUCAUAGCUCGCUCUCGCACGUCUCGUACCCAUCCGCCUACGCGAGCCCGGUCGUCCAGCUACCACGAGGCUACAGUUACAGCAGCAUGCCCGCCGGCUGGACCCCGCAUGGACGGGAGAUGACCUACAGCCUAAUCGACGCGGGGAGCAUUUCGCCCAAAGGCAAGGAGGUCGAGAGGAUCGUCGAUUCGUCCCGGACGAGCCGGUCAUCGAGCAAGAUGUCGACCGGCCGAACCCCGCUUCCGCCUGCGGGCACACUCGGGGUGAGGGAUGCUGCGCCGUCGCCUGUUGAGAGCUCCGGCGGCUCAACCAGCUCCCAGGACGACUUGGAGAUGAAGCCGGUAGACCGGCACAGCGUUCCGAUCCCCCCUCCAACCAGCGUUGUAGCGAAUAUCCCCAAGCCGAGUAGGCCUACAAGCGAUACCGAAUCCAUUCACAGGCUGCACCCCGGCCGGUCACGCAGAAUCUCGGACCCGAACCAGUCCGUUUCUCGAAGCCCCCAUGCGCCGCGCACAAGCUCUCUCGCGCAGGGUGUCCCUCCUGUCCCUGCACUUCCGCCCAUGCAGUUUGGCACUGCCAUCACAACGCCGGAGGUGUUCUCAUCGGCGGCGUCGAGCGCCAGCUCAGUUACAAUGGUUCCUGUCGCAUCUAGCGCAUCGCUCUCCACCAAGACAGCCACGGUUCCGACGGUGCUAAAGGUCGAGGGGCUGGCGGCGCCCCAAUAUGCCGAGAUUGGCAGAGCCGAAUCCACCAGCGAAGAGAAGACCGCCAUUGUCAAAACCCCAACAGAGAUUCCUGCGGCCCCGACAGCCGCUUCCGACUCCCCCACGAAGAAGGGACGAAGGACAUCUAAAAUGACUAGGUUCACCGAGCUCGAGCCAAUCCAGUCCAACACCACCGUGGCCACGGAGCCCAGCCCGAAACCUACGGCGGAGCCCAAGAAAGUGAGGGAAGAAAAAGACCGCCCGGUCGUGAACGUGGCCGCUCUCCCGACGAGCUUUGACGAAGCCGCUUUCGCCGCGCCAAAGGAGAUCGCUGUCCCCGCGACCGCACCGUCGUCGAAACCGGGCAAGCUCUCCAAGAGCCCGGCUCCUUCCGGGAAACUGGUAAAGAAGAACCGCUGGUCACUGCGGAGCAGCAAGAGCACAGCGGUGGCCGUGUAA